AUGCUGCUGCACUUCUUGUUGGACAAAUAUGAGAAGAUGGAGCCCAUCUUGCGGGUGGAUUUGCAGAAGGUGGUACGUAAGAAGUACAAGGCGCAAUUCCCUGACAUCCUUAAGAGAGCUUCCACACAGCUCAACCUGGUGUAUGGCCUGGAGAUGAAGAAAGGGGGUCCUAAGUGUCACUCCUAUAUUCUUGAAAGCAAGGUGGGCCCAUCCACUGAGAACAAUCUGUGUGGUAUCAAAGAGUUCUCAAAGAAGGGUCUGCUGAUGACCCUCCUGAGUGUUAUCUUUAUGAAGGGCAACCAUGCCACUGAAGACGAGGUCUGGGAAUUUUUAAAUGUGCUGGGGAUACAGGCUGGGAAGAAGAACAUCAUCUUUGUGGAGCCCCGUAAUCUCAUCCUCACAGAGUUGGUGGAGGCAAAUUACCUGGAGUACCAUCAGGUGCCAGGCAAUGAUUCCCCAUGUUUUGAGUUCCUGUGGGGUCCCAGAGCCCAUGCAGAAACUACUAAGAUGAAGGUUCUGGAAUUUUUAUCUCAGAUCACUGGUACCACUCCUAGUGCCUUCCCCAGUCUCAAUGAGGAGGCUCUUAGGGAAAAGGCAGAGAGAGCAGAAAAAAGAGCUGCUGCUAGAGCUGGCCGUUCUCCCAAGACCAGGGCUAAUGUAAGAUUCAAGAUGACUGACUAG